AUGGUACAUUUAAAAUUACAGCAGUUUAUAUGGGACAAACUUUUAAACCCUAGAGCAGGGGGCAAAUAUGCGACGGUCAGGAGGUGUCGAGACAAACAGACCGGUAAACAAUAUGCGGCAAAGUUCCUGCGAAAACGUCGGCGAAACGCCGACCUGCGACCCGAAAUCCUACACGAGGUGGCCGUGCUGGAAGCGUGCACAUACAACAGCCGCAUCGUCAACCUGUACAAAGUGUUCGAAACCAGUACCGAAAUGAUAUUGUUACUAGAACUAGCGCCUGGCGGUGAGCUACAAAUGGUCCUGGAUAGGGACGAAGUACCGUCUGAACCAGAAGUGGCCCGACUCAUGCGACAGAUACUCGACGGGUUGCACUACUUGCACACUAUAAACGUCGCACAUCUAGACAUCAAGCCACAAAACCUUGUACUGACUGCCGACUUCCCAAACUGUGAUGUUAAACUAUGCGACUUUGGCAUAUCCAGGUACCUCAGCGAAGGGGCUGACGUGCGAGAAAUACUUGGCACACCCGACUACGUGGCCCCCGAAGUGCUAAACUACGAACCGAUCGACGUGCAAACCGAUAUGUGGUCCAUUGGAGUCCUAUUGUACGUACUGUUGACCGGAUGCUCGCCGUUUGGCGGCGACACCAAACAGGAAACGUUCUGCAAUAUAUCACAAUGCAAACUCGAUUUUCCUGAAGAUCUAUUUCAGGAUAUAUCUGAGGAUGCUAUUGAUCUCAUGAAGAAGCUGAUGGUGAAAAACCCCAGGGAUCGCCUCACUGCCAAGGACUGCUUGGAACACGGUUGGUUUCACAGAACGCUAACGAUGACGACGCUGACGUGUACGACGCCUUCGAGGAUACUCAGUGGACAGGACGGCGGCGGAAGCAGCAGCAGCAACGCGUCCGAUUCGUCUAUCUGCGCAAUAGUGACCAACGCUCUGUCAGACGUCGUGGACCGCGUCACUGCCACUACCACCACCCCCGUGACGACCGCCGUCAAGCACCACCACCAACAACAACAACAACAACCACAUCACCAACAACAACAGAAAAAGUUUGCCGCCCUGGCCAAGAGCUGUGACAACUCGCCCGUGCCGGCGAUGAGUGCGUCUCGGCGCAAGUCUUUCAAGGACAACAUGGAGUCACUGGUCAGGCGGUUGGACCGUGAACUGGCCGACAGCUGCGAAUUUAUGGUCAGUGGAUCAAAUCCGUCGCCUCCGCCUACCACCACCACCGUCAACACCACAUCGUGCCGGACUCUGAGCCGGGCCAACGGCACGCAGACCAUGCCCGUCGGAGGACUGGCGCGUGUCGAUGGCCGUGACAUGGUGCCGUUUACGUUCCGCAGGGUUUACGUGGUGGACGAACCAUCUCCGCCACCUUCACCGUCAUCUCAGCUACUUCACCACCCGGAAUACCACCACCGGCCCCGGGCACCGUCAACGUCGUCGACGCCGAAUAGCAGCAGCGCUGACACCUCGUCGGUGAGCGACUGCAGCAGCGACACCGUCAGCGAGUUCUCAAUCGAUUCGAGCAGCGACCGGUCCAGCAUCAUAUCGCUGGAAGACUCGCUGGACCAUCCGUCAUCCUCAUCAUCCUCGUCCUCCUCCUCUUCGUCGUCGUCGUGGUGUCGUUCGUCGUCCGCCGACCUGUUGCAGCAAACCCGGAGGCUGGGAAAAAUGUCCGCGUCGUGUUUCAACGUCUGGGACACUUCCGGCGGAGAUCGUAGGAAAUGGCCGAAGGAGUGCAGCGGUGCUGUGGCCCGAGCCAUGUCGCAAUUCGCCAACGGGUGCGGUGACUGCCGGCCGGCCGCCCGACUCCGGGUGUUCGACGACAAGACCGGUGGCGGUGUGACGAACGCGGCCGGACCGCGGGACAACCGGUGCGUGGGCCUGGAACUGAUGCGCGAGCGCAACGGCAACGUGGUGGUGAUACGCGAGAUCAAGGCCAACGGCGGCAGCGGCCGAUACGCCCGGUGCAGCGAGCUCAAGUGCGAAACGGUGCAGUCACGGAUACGCAAACUGCAGGUGCAUCGCGCCGGACCCGCCGCCCGAACGGUGCUGGACAAGUCGUCGACGUCGUCGCCACUGUCGUCGUCGGACCUGUUCUGA